AUGGCGGACGGCAUUCAGGUAGUUUUGGAGAGCGUCCUUUCAUCACAUCAGUGCCAGUCUCGUUGUGAGUUUUGCUCACAGAAUAUUUCCAAGUACACUUGCCCUCGUUGUAAUGCUCGUUAUUGUUCCAGCACCUGUUAUAAGAGCCAAAAACACCGGCAAUGCUCUGAACUGUUUUACAAAGAGUGCGUCAUAACAACGUUGAGUGAACAAGAAGCAAGCAGAGAAAGUAAACAAAAAAUGCUUGAAAUGUUAAGGAAACUAGAGGAAGAAGACAGGGAAGCGAACGGUGAUUUUGUCACUGACGAUUUGGAGGAACGAUUGGGCGAGAUCGACCUCAACACGACUGAUGCUGAAGUUAUUUGGUCGGCCAUGAACGAGAAGGAGCAAAAGCAAUUCGAAGCGGCCGUGGAAACUGGACAAAUUUACGAAAUGAUUGACAUUUGGGUACCAUGGUGGACUCCAAGAUAUGAUACUCAAAACAGGUUAGCUUUGAAACUUUCACCUGUCAUUUUUUUUUUACAGGGGAGGGGUAGAGGGAAAAUGUGGUCGUUUUCCACAAUUUUCCCCCUUCCCCAUUGCAAUAGGGUAAAAGUGCUCAGUCAUCACCCUUAAUUAUUAUAUUUAUCAAAUCAGCAGCAAUUUUCCACAGUCUGUAUUCUUAUCGGCCUUAGAAGAGACAUCAAAAUGAUCAAAGUUUUCAGUGCAAAGUUUUGUACAUUUUGACAUCAUAGGUUGAUUGUCAAUUUCCUAGGAAACAAAGGAAACUGAGAAUCAACCUAGGUUAAAUCAAAAUUAACCUGAAAUCAAAUUUGAUCUGUCACAUAAACACCAUGGAAAAUUGUUGUCAAUUUGUUUUUUGCCAUAACAUUGACAAUUUUUAAGGGGCUGGACAAUCUGUGUCCUAGCGAGCCAUGGAAUAAAAUGCAUGAAAAAUGUUUCCUGCUUAGUUCCCUCUAGAUGUGUGAGGUUUUGCUGCUGAAAUAUUUGCAGAAUUGCCCAAUAUUGGUCGACUUUCAUUGAUUAGAGUUAAAUGCUCAUUUUACUGACUAGGGUGAAACACUUGCUUUACAGAUUAGAGUUAAGCACUGUUUAGGUUAAAUUUUUUUUUAAAGAUUAGGGUAAAGUGCUUUUUAGGGUUCAACACUCAUUUAUCCAGUUAGCUUUUGGUUAUUUUUUUCAUAUUACCGCUUUUUAAUUUUUUUUUCUAUUUUUCUUUUCUUGUGCCGUGUCCUAACUUGUUUUUGACAUCCUUUUCCGUUGAAGUUUUUCAAAAUAUUGCGCACGUAAAAAAGAGACAAACAAAUAAGUGCCAUCAUUUCCAUGGUCUGUACUCUUUUUACCUAUAGCUUUAAAGCCAACCAGUGUGUGAGAAAUCCUUCAGUUAUUGUAAAAAGCUGUUUUCUUUCAUUGGCUUUGCAAUCAUUGUAUAUAUGCUUACUGCUUGUCAAGGUCUGACAGAUAUAACAAUUAUUGCAUAAUGGGAAUCCGAUGCAAGAGUUAAGAAUGGAUGCUUUACUGACAGGUUUCAAAGCUUUCUUGGCAAGUUUUAAUGUUGAUCUGUACUUUGAAGUGUUUCAGAAACAAAUACAAAUGACAGUAACAAAUACAAAUCUUUAUUUUAAGUCAUUGCAGAAAACAUUAUUUAGAAAAUUAUUUUUGCUACUCCUAUAAAAUUCAAUUCUAAAGCUAAGAGUGGUUUAGAUCUGGGGCUGCUUGUAGUGAAGCUACGGGAAAAAAAUAUUGAAUUAUUGAGAUUGCAAGAUCAGUUGGAUUAUUUCAACUGGCUCUUUUCAGUAGCCAAGCAACACACUAUGAGGAAUUUUUGGCUACUGCUAAUAAUUUAUUGUCCAAGAAGUUAAUUAAAGGUUGUUGUUUGUUACUAAUAGAUAUAUAAUAAUACUUUUAUAGGAAAAAAAUUGAGGAUUUAAGUGAAGAUCAUAGUGUUUCUAAGGAAAGCAACAGUAACCCUGUGGAGGCAAAAGAAGUUAAAGGUCAGCAGAUUCCAUCUGUGAAAAGGAACAUACCAUCUUUAAGUUCACUGAUGAAACAGACAAAACCAAAUCCAAACAUUCUGUUUAGUUGCAUUGAUGUUCUGUUCUCAUAUGCUUACAUAAUGAGGCUUUACAAUGGAUGCCCAGAUGACACAUCAUAUCAAGCAGCAGAGAGUUUAAUGCAGCUUUCUGCAGUUUUGUCUCAAAAUGCAGUCUUUGAGAGUAUAGAAUCUGUAGUCUAUAACUCACUCAGUGUUGUGCAGAAUUCUAAGGAAUUGUAUUCAGAAGGGUUGUCUCACUGUGCACUUCUUGAUGUGAUAAACCUGAUUCAGGGACAUGAUGUAGCUCAGAGAGCAAAUUUUACAGAUUGUGCUCUCUCUGAUUUGAGCAGAUUUCUUAGUAGAGUAAGAGAAAAAGUAAAGUUGGAUAUAAAUAUGAAACAGAAGGACACAAACCUAUGCAGAUCCUUGUGGCUUGCCAAGAAAAAGACUGAAUUUUUACUAGCAUGGAUUCAUUCCAACACCACUGUUUUGCAAUCUGUUGUCUCAAGUGUACAAGUUUUACAUGCAGAGGUAACAGAGAGCUGUAAACAACAUAAGGAAGAAACUGAAAGGCUGGAAAAAACUUGGGGAGGAACAAAACCUCCAAAGAAAAUGCCACUGAUCACUGAAAUGUAA